CCGGCCGGGCCGGGAGCGGCGGUGCGGGUGCGGCGGGAGCGCGGUGAGAGCCCGGCACGGCCGGGGCAGCGGGACCGGGAUCAGGGCACGGGGAUCGGGAUCCUGGCUGGCUGCGGCCCCCAACCGCCUCCUGCUUCUGGAGUUGCUCGUGCCGGCGCUGGUGGGGCGGGGAGCGGAGCGUGGGAGCCGUGCCCGCUGGUUUAGCCCCCGCCCGGUUCGUGCUCCGCAUGGGAAUGGGAUCGGGAGCGCUGCCCCGCUGACCUCCUGGCUUGCAGCUGGAACCAUCAAGGGGGGAAAAUGAAACAGGAGUUUUAGACUUUGAGGACUCAUUAUGGAAGACUCAGAAGGACAUCACUUCAGCUCAGUGGAAGAGGAAACCAGAUACUGGAAGGAGUUGGCUGUGAAGUACAAGCAGUGUGCUGAGAGUACGCAGGAGGAAUUGCGUGAAUUCCAAGAGGGGAGCCGAGAGUAUGAAGCUGAGCUGGAGACUCAGCUGCAGCAAACAGAGUCCAGGAACAGAGACCUUCUGUCAGAAAACAGCCGCCUGCGGAUGGAGCUGGAAUCAGUGAAGGAAAAGAUUGAAAUGCAGCAUUCAGAAGGAUACAGGCAAAUCUCUGCGCUGGAAGAUGACUUGGCACAGACAAGAGCUAUUAAAGAGCAGCUUCAGAAAUACAUUCGAGAACUUGAGCAAGAAAAUGAUGAUUUGGAAAGAGCAAAAAGAGCCACUAUAAUGUCCCUGGAGGAUUUUGAACAGCGUUUAAACCAGGCUAUUGAAAGAAAUGCUUUUCUGGAGAGUGAGCUGGAUGAGAAAGAAAACCUUCUAGAGUCUGUGCAGCGCCUGAAAGAUGAAGCUAGAGAUCUACGACAAGAGCUUGCAGUGCAGCAGAAACAGGAGAAGCCCAAAACACCAAUGAGAGCUCCCCUGGAAGCAGAAAGAACAGACACUGCAGUUCAGGCCUCCUUAUCUGUGCCCUCAACACCCGCAAUGCGCCGGACACCCAUCAGCAUUCCCACCCCUGGGACCUUUAGGAGAGGUCUUGAGGACAGUUAUGGUGCCACCCCUCUCACACCAGCUGCAAGAAUAUCUGCACUUAAUAUUGUGGGAGACUUGCUGCGAAAAGUGGGGGCUUUGGAGUCCAAGCUUGCAUCUUGCCGAAACUUUGUGUAUGAGCAGUCUCCAAACAGACCUUCAGUGUCCAUGUACAUGAACAGAGAUGUCCUUGAAACACGCCUGAGUCCUCAUCAGCCUCUGUGUGACACAGGGAUGGUGAAACGCCUGGAGUUUGGAACACGGCCAGCACACGUUCCAGGACCCAUGAGCCAUCCCUCACAAAGUGUUGUCAAGAUGCUGCUAUGAAAAGCCUGGCUGGCUUUGGGAAAGGAGAAGAAAUGUGUAUUUCAGACCUUAGUUUUAAAGAGAAUAUCAAUGAACAAGCAGACAGCAGUGUCAGGGUAGGUGAGAACUGAACAAGCAGUCACAAUUGGUAGUGGCUUCCAGUGGCCUCUGGGCAAGGUCUGUGAGUGACAAGGUGUGACAAAGCAAUGCUGACUGUGUCAGAGCAGGACUGGGAAUUGCUUCCUGCAUCAGCUACUGUAAAUAGCUCCUUGAAGGUUGCUUCUUUUGACACUACCAAAGCCAUAGUCCUCCUGCCUACAACACAGCAAUAUUCACUACGUAGCUCCUUAGGCUUUGGCUUCUGGUGUUAAUAUACCACCAGUUCUGGCUGGAAUUCUGCUUUCUGCCAUGGGUGUUGUGUGCUGCAGUCACCCAAAUUAGAGGUGUUUUUAUGUGGAGAAAGGUGUAUUUCUGCAGGGAAGCUACUCAGCUCCCCAUGGAGUGUUUGCUGACCAGAAUGUUGCUGCACAAAAACCUGCCUCUGUGACAAGAUGUGUAAUGGCAAGACGUUUCUGUAAGCAAUGAUUUCUCAUUCAGAACAGGUCAUGGUUAAAGGUGAGACAUGUCUCGUGCUGAGAGUGCUCAGGAGAACUCAGAGUUAAUAGCAUGUAGACUUUUUUUUUUAAACCCCAUAGUGGCUCAUAAAGCCUGGUGGUUGUAGGAGGCCAAACCUGAUCAAGUUUCUAGUUCUAACAUCUUGAUAGGUGGGUUUUACUGCUUUACAAACCUCCCUUCACUAAGGUGCCUUGGGUGUUAGUGUUUUUUUAUUUUUCUAUAUGAAUAUGUCAGCUGUUACUAAUUUAGAGAUGCUUUUUUAGCCUGAAAAGCCCUUUAUGCUAGAGAACUGUAUAUAGGUAGAGAAUGUUGUUUUUAAAUAAUUUUCCCCCUGAGAAUAUUACUGCAUUUGUUUUUUAAAUGGAGUAGAUUCAUUCCCAGUGUUAAUGUAUUUUAUGAAAGCCUGUCCUUGCAAAACUAAUCAUGACAAACAAUUUUUAUGUUGGUGGUUUUUUUUUUUUUUUUUUUUUUUUUUUUUUUGUGGCAGGGGAUGAGGAGAGCUUACUUGACAAAAGAAUACAUAAAUGGGUUUGGUUUUUUUUGUUUUUUUUUUUUUUUAAGGAAGUGCUGUGAAAACAGCCACUGAGGCCACUAUUUCUCUAGAAUAUGUAAACCACAGAUGAUUUCCAUUUCUCAGUCCACCUAUGAAGUUGUUUAAACUGGGGAGCAGAAUAAAGCUUAUUUUGAAUGUGA